UGAGUCAUAACGUAACCUCAACGAUUUCAUUUUAAUUUUAUAUUUUCAUUCUAAAAUUUAAACAGAACGUAUUUAAAACUUUACUACUUGUUUUAAAUAUGUAAAAUAAUUAUUGUUAUAGAAGACCUUUAUUUAAAUAGUAUCAGUGUAACCAACGAUGGCUCUUAAUUUAAAAUCUCUUCAUUUGCGAUCUCUGUAUCCAACCUUCCGCAAUUACUGUGAUUACAAAUCGAUAUACGAACGUGAUGAAGCGGGUCCUCAGCCGCGUAAAGUCCACGGGACUGUUUACCCAGACUGGCGCCGACCAUGGGUGCAGCGUGACGGUGAAUGGCACAGCAAACUUUCCAUUUUCGUGGAGAAAAGUCCUAGUAUGCAUAUACUAAAUGCCAUGCAAAAAAUCCCCAGUUUAACAAUACAAGAUAUUAAAGAAUGGUGGACAGAUAUGAAAGUAGUACAAGAGAUCGAAAACCAAAAGUAUUUACCAGAAAGAGUAGCAGCUUUGGGCAUAAAUUUGGCAGCAGUGCAUUUUUUUACCUAUCGACAGUGUGCAGUCAGAUUAAAAGGCCAACAACAGUGGAUAUCUGGUGAUUUAACAACAUUGAACCUCCCAGAUUCAUAUAAAGAUGGUUAUUAUGUGGAAGCUGUGGACUGCAGUAAGUUUCACCACAACGGAAUAAGAUAUGAGGGCCUACAAAACUUGUCAGGCUUAAAUUUUCUCAAAGGGCUUUCUCUGAAGAAUAAUAAACAUGUAGAUGUUUGGUGUUUAGAUAGAAUAGCUGGAAAUAACGGAAGUAGCUUAGAAUAUUUAAACAUUGAGGGAUGCAACCUCUGCCCUGGUGGAAUAUAUGCAAUAGCAAGGAUGGAGGCUCUAAAGUUAUUGAAAAUUACUGACCCUGGUGAUAAUGUUGAAUUACAAGUGGCCUUGUCUAUGCUUGAGCAAGAAAGGCCUAAUUUAUUUAUUAAUGCAAGUAAUGAUAAUGAUGAAAAUGAUUUAGAAGAAAUAUAGAUUGCUUUAUAAUUUUAGAUUAGACUCAAAAGAUUUAUUUAAGAACUGUAUAUAAUAAAAUAGUAAAUUAAUUCAAAUGUAUUUUUUUCAUGAAACAAACAUGCAUUGUCUCUUUCAAGAAAUCUUCAAUAGUUCCACUUUAAUUGAAAUCUGCUAUCUUGAGUGCUAUCCUUGCUUUUUGAUCAAACAUCUAAUCUCUGAGCAUAAACAUUUUUAUUGGAAAAAUAGGGGAAUAUUAAAAAUUAUGAAUGUUAUUUAAAUGGGUACAUACCACAACAAAAAGACGAGAUUUUUAAUGUCAAUAUUUCGACCCAGUUGUAUGGAUUGUGGUGACGUUCAACUGAAGUUGCGAGAUGAGAAGUGAAGUCAGCUGUUAGGGGCAAAAUCAAUCUACCCUCUUUCUCGUCUUUUUAUCGUGGUAUGUACCCGUUUAAAUAACAUUCAUAAUGAACAACCACAAAAUAAGUUUAAAAUCAUUAGAAUAUUAAACAUGUUAAAACAAUAAGUAUACAAAGUUAACCAGUUGAAUUAUGAUAAUCUUUAGGAUUAUUUAUAAGGACGGGAAGUACACAAUGUCUUCUUGAAGCAUAAUUAAAAUUGCAGUGCUUCAAUGUCAUCUCUUUCCUUGCAUAUAUUUAUCUCAACAACCCAAGGGCUUUUGCAUAUUAGAUUAUUUUUUUUUAUUAUCAUUUUGUAUAUCUUUUUAGACUAAACAAGAUGAGCAAGUAAUUACUUGUUCAUCUUGUUUAUAGUCUAAAAAAUGUAGUCUUUUUGAAAAUAGAAAAGCCUUCAAAUUACUAAAGAAAAAUGUGUUUUAAAAGCUCAAUGAAGUUAAGUAGAUACCAUCAAGUUCUUGCACUGAAUCUAAUCCAAUUCCAUUCCAUCUUUAGAAGUCUUUCUCUCUUUAUGCAUGUAUCUGCAAAUAAAUAAAUUGAUUGAUUGAUUGAUAAGUUUAAGGGGUUGUAGCUCAAUUGAGUCAAAGAAUGCUAUCAACAAUGCCUCUCAAAUAUUUUUUUAUAUGCAAAGUGGAAUUGUGUAAACUCUGUAGUGUCAUCUUGCUCGCAAGAUGUCAAGGCAGUGUGGAUCAAAUGCAGGGUGGCUCAGGUACUAAUGUGGAGGAUAAAUAAAAAACAAUAAUGCUUUCGAGGUUUUUAUGUUUUAACAUAAGUUCGUACAAUGAUCCAAUAUGCUUGAACAAUCUGUCCACAUUUCUAUGUGUCGGUUGUCUACCUGCACAGGGUGAGUUUAUCAUCUCUGUUGUCUUUGAUUGGGUACAAUCACUAAAUCGCUAUUUAUUGGUCCAUUCAGUUGGAUUCAUAAAUGUUUUAAAAAACUUCUCCUAUGUGAUUAAUGUUUCAGAUAUUUCUCUUAAAGGUCAUUUUGUCUAAUUCAAUCUAGUAAUAGGUACAUUAAAAUUGAACACUUAAAUCUAAAUAAACUGUCUAAACAAGAUAUUUACAUGUAUGCCAUUUGACUAAACAAUUAGACUAAUGCCUUAUUUAGAAAGUAAUAAAUAACGAAUAUGAAAUGCUUCAUUCAAAAUGUCCUUUUUGAAAUAAUAGCUAAUUAUUCUUAAAAUACAACAUUAUAUAACUUGUUUAUAAGCAACAAAGUUAGUUCAGUCUAAAAGGGUUUGCCUAUUACAGUUUAUUGACUGACAAAGCCUAGAACUGUAUUAGUGUUGUUAAAUCUGAAUACAACCUUUGCAGCCUUAUACAAAGUGAACAUCUUGUCAAAUUAAAUUAUUGAGUUAACUUUGAACUAUACAAAAUUGAGAUUUUACAACAAUUGUAUUAUACAAAAUCAACUCCGUAUUACAUAGUAAUGGACAAAGAGCCUGUGAAUGUCAGACUUUCGUUUUAUAAAUGCACAAAAGGUUGUCAGCUGAUACUCCUACCAUAGGUAAGUGUGUCCAUAGAUGCCUAUGCCUAAUAGGCAUCUAUGGAUUAUGAACUCAGACCAAAUAUUUACAAAUGAGACGUACCUAACUUCAUCUUUUAAUAAACUAGAAGUUACUGACUGUUUAAAAAAAUAUCUAGACAACUCAGCAUUUUUAGGGAGCUCUUUAAACGACGAAAACUAUUACAACAAUGAAACAUCGAUUAAUAAGAGAUAGUUUUUAUAAACGCGUUAGAUCUUGACCAUAUACUUUGCUUUGACAGAGGGGUAACGUCUAACGAGGCAGAUGAGAGUUUGAGACAUGGUGGCUUAGGAAGAUAGAAUGCUUGAAAGGUACCAGACCCUCAAUUAUCAAAGCCACAACGGUCUAAACUCGCUAGUUGCCUACUAUACAGCAAAAAGUAGUAAAAUGUAAUCCCUCACAUCUAGUACUGUCAGGGAAAAAAACAAAAAGUUUUCACUUCAGAAAUGCCAAAAGUAAAAAAAGGAAUCUCUUUUUUUCCUUGGUUAAGCGUGCGCCCAAAAGUUGGAAACAUCCUACAUAGUCAAGUCACAAGUCAUAUUUAUUUUAAGCGAGCAUUUUCGUUUCUUUUGUGAGAAAUCUUUAGGAUAUAUUUGUGCCCCUCCAAGGCUACGCCACUAUUUCUGUACUUACCCAUGGUAACAGGCUAACAAACUUGCAGUUUCAUAAAAUUAGGAAAGUCUAGCAAUCAUUAAUGACAAACUCUUGUUCUAUAACUAAGUUCUGAAAGUCAAUAAGGCACUUGUAAUACGCAGCAUUAGGGUUUUCAUAUUUGUUAUUAUGCUAACACACUGAAAGACAUCCAUACCAUUCAACAUAUUAACAUCUCCAUUAAAACAAACUUAAAUGUACGGGACAAUAUUAAAGCAAAUUGAAACAUCACUACAAACAAUCACAAGCGAAAUAUAAAUUGUAUAAUCGUGUCAUAUUGCAACAGAAAAUGGAUUAUAAUACUUAAGUUAUUAUUUAUUAUGUAAAAUCAAAAUAAAAGUUAAUGUUUUAAAAACUAAAACCUGACACUAAAGUGAAAUGAAACAUAUCAUUACUUAAAAAAAGCGAUUGUUAACACCCAGAAAUAGUCGUAAUUAAAUAAAAUUCAUCAACAAAUUACAAUAAUUGUGCAAUAUGUAUCUAAAUAAUACACAUUAUCUUGUAAAUAAAUUAUAAUGUUUAAAUAAAUAUCAAUGAAUGAUUUAAACAUCAAUUGUUUUUUUUUUUUAAAUUGUUAUUAAAUUACUCAUAAUAAAAUGAAAAGCGAAAAGUUACGUUGUGUAGAUAUGUGGGUGUAAAAAUUUUUUUUUAAAAGAAUCGGAUUUUUUGAAAUAGAAAUUAAUGAUUUUGAAUGUUAAAAACAUAUUGAAUUUUUAAAGUAAAUCCAAUGGCACGUUAUUUUAUUCUGCAUAUCGACAUUAAUUUUUUAAUAUAAAUAAGUUAGAUUAUAAUGUGUGAAAAACGAAAAGCUACCAAAAGUGUGACAAAUAUUUUAUAUAUCCAUAGACCGUAAUUUCUCAUAAUGCUCGUUAUUUCUCUUACGAAAUAAAAAAUUCGUUUCGAUGUAUACCUACUAACAAGUUCGCUCGAAUCGAAUCGAUAUCUACAUAAAAAAAGAACAGAAAAUAUAACCACGUAGGGUAUUAUUAUCAUUUAAAAAAGAAAAAGCUUGCAGAAGAACUCUCAAUAAUAUCUGUAUAAGUAAAAAUUUUUUUACCUUGCGCACAUUUACACACCGCUCUGUGGUGUCUAUGACGAAGUACAAGAUGUGACGUCACACCGAAAAUUAUUCUUAGACACCACAAAGAAGAAUAUGUGAAUCUGUGUGUAAAUAUCUAUUACAUCUAUUGCUCGUACAAGUUUACCACCACUGCAAGAGAGAACGAUAUAUGAAUGUUAUUAUUGAUUGGCGGAAUUCGGCCUUCUAUUUGUAAUUUAACUGUAUAUGACAAUAUUACUAUAUUAUGGUAACAAUAAAGCUUAUAAUAUGUGCCAGCAAUGAUUUCAACAAAUUGACUACACAAAACAUUAGUAUCAAUUCAAGUGUUUUAAACUAACUGCAAACCCUACUCAGGGAUAUGACGAUAAAGACUCCAGUGAAUCAAAAGGAGUUGCAAAACUAACUCGGGGAUAUGACGAUAGAGACGCAAGGGAAUCAAAAAGAAUUGCAAAACUGACUCAGGGCUAUGACGAUAGAGACGCAAGGGAAUCAAAAGGAAUUGCUAAACUGACUCGGGAAUAUGACGAUAGAGACGCAAGGGAAUCAAAAAGAAUUGCAAAACUGACUCAGGGAUAUGACGAUAGAGACACAAGGGAAUC